GCCCAUACUGAAAAAAAAGAAGACUACUGUGACUCUGUACUUUGGAAUGAUGAAACCAAGAUAAAGGUUUUUGGAACUGAUGGCUUCAAAACUGUAUGGCGCUGCAAAGGUGAGGAGUACAAAGAACAAUGCAUGGUGCCUACAGUGAAACGUGGUGGCAGUGUCCUUCUGUGCGGCUGCUUGAGUGCUGCUGGUGUCGGGGAGCUGCAUUUUAUUGAUGGUAUCAUGAAUUCACAGAUGUACUGCUCUAUAUUGAAAGAGCAGUUUUCCAACAGACAAUGAUCCAAAACACACAUCUAAGACCACAUUGGAUUUCUGA